AUGAAGUUAUCUAUCUAUCUAUCUAUCUAUCUAUCUAUCUAUCUAUCUAUCUAUCUAUCUAUCUAUCUAUCUAUCUAUGUGGGGGGGGGCGCAAGAGAAAGACGGAAAAUGUUUUAUUUUGAUAUUAGAACCAAUACUCUUUCUGUGGUACCUUACGAAUGUGUGUGCAAGUAUAAGCAUGACUAUCAUGAUUAUGAUGAUGUGGCGAAAAGUUUGUUUUUUUCUUUGUCCCUAUCUUCUUUUUUUCAAAAUGUUUUCCUCUAUACGCCUCCGAUUUGUAUCUAUCUCUUUGUUCUCUCUUUGUUGCUUUCUCUCGUACGCAAUCUUAUUUUCUCUUUCUGUCUUUCUCCCCAUCUAUCUAUCUAUCUAUCUAUCUAUCUAUCUAUCUAUCUAUCUAUCUAUCUAUCUAUCUAUCUAUCUAUCUAUCUAAAUCUGACUUUAUAUUUGCAAAACUUGGCAUAUUCUUACAAAAUGCAUUUCACUUUCUUUCUUUCUUUCUUUCUUUCUUUCUUUCUUUCUUUCUUUCUUGUUCUCUCUCCUCCUCUGUAUAUGACACAAACCAAUGACAACGGAGCAUCCCGUAUACAUACAACCCACAGACGUUGCAAAACGAGCUUUCCAAAUACAAUAUUUCUGUAG